CUUCGAACUAUUACAAAGUUACAUUGACCGUAUUGUCAUCUUUCAUUAUUAUCCAGUCCAGAGCAAACUAUUGUCAGAUUUAAAUACAGAUCAAACAUAGUCUUUUGCUUUUAAUUCCUGUCUGUCAGAUCUUCACUUUUAUCCCUCUAUCAAACCUAAUUGUUGUAUCAGUAUCGUUUACGAUCUCUGUAUUUAUCCUGAUAUAUUACUAUUUUAUCUUUUUAAUUAACUUCAGAUUCCUCUUAUUUUUUCAAAAUGUCUACCGGUGUGAAAAAAUCUUAUGAUAUGAUCAUGAAACUACUAUUAGUUGGUGAUUCAGGUGUUGGUAAAUCAUGUCUUUUACUAAGAUUUGUUGAAGAUAAAUUUAAUACCUCUUUCAUUACAACUAUUGGAAUUGAUUUCAAAAUUCGUACUAUUGAGAUAAACGGCAAAAGAAUUAAAUUGCAAGUUUGGGACACUGCAGGUCAAGAAAGAUUCAGAACAAUCACAACUGCUUAUUACAGAGGUGCCAUGGGUAUUAUUUUAGUAUACGACGUUACCGACGAAAGAACUUUUCAAAAUAUUAAAAACUGGUUUGCGACUGUUAAUCAACAUGCUAACGAUGAUUCGCAAUUAAUGUUGGUUGCUAAUAAAUGCGACGAAACAGAGACUAGAGUAGUUACAAGAGAACAAGGUGAAAGCUUAGCUGCUGAAUUAGGUAUACCUUUCAUAGAAGCCUCUGCUAAGAGCAAUGAAAACGUUGACGAAAUCUUCUUCCAAUUAGCAGGUUUAAUUCAAGAAAAGAUCUCUAGCGAUUUAGCAAACGAUCCUUCAAAAAGUGGUAUUUCAAUUGAUAGCUCAAAUUCUAAAAAUACAUCUUGUUGUUAAAUUAUUUGUCUCAUAUAAUCUAAUUCAAUAUUAAUUUAUUUUUAAUACCUUUCUUUUAUUAUCCGUC